UGUCGUCUGUGGAAAGGACCUAGAAUCACUUGCAGGAUGCCGGAGCCAGAAGGAGUCCUUCAUAAGCUGUACCUAGAGCGGGAGCUUCCACCCAAAGUCGCCGAAGUAGCUCGUGUACAUGGGGAAGAUCCAGACCGAACCAGCCUGUUCAUCGAGGAGCUGCGCGACAUGAUAUAUGAAAAAGGUGACUGCGUACCUCACCGAGUUGAUGAUGAUUAUUUGAUCAAAUUUUUACGCGCUCGCUUCUGGAAUGUACCCAACGCCUACAAUCUGAUGGUUCGCUACUACGGUUUUCGAGAGAGCAAUCCGGAGUUCUACGACAACGUCGACCCGAUGUCCUUGCGAUGCCUCGGGGAUGAUGACAUCAUUAGCAUUUCGCCCUACCGCGAUCAGGAGGGACGUCGUGUGAUUUUCUUCAAAUUCGGCAAAUGGCGACCUUCCAAGAUUCCGAUUGUGGAUUUGUUCCGGGCAACCAUGCUGCUGCUGGAGGUGGGAUCGUUGGAACCCCAGUCUCAGGUGCUGGGAGGUGUGGGCAUUAUGGACCUGGAGGGUCUAACGCUGAACCAUGCCUGGAACCUCACACCCACCGUAGCUCAGAAGAUGUUGGCUUUGUUGGCCACCAGCAUGCCGCUGCGUACGAGCCAGAUUCAUAUCGUCAACCAGGGUUGGGUGUUCGAUACGGCAUUCCAGAUCUUCAAACCGUUGCUGACGGAGAAGAUGCGCCAGCGGUUGUUCUUCCACGGUACGGAUAGGGCUUCACUGCAUAAGUACGUCGAUCCGGAGGCGCUACCGGAACGUUACGGUGGCACGAAACCGGAGUACCCGUACACGUAUUGGUUGGAGCAUUUGAGUCGGAACGAGCAAGUUGUAGAGGAGCUGCAACAGCUGGGCUACGUAUCUGACCCACUGCUGGAGUCCUGAUAAUCGAUGACAGCGGAUCGUACUGCAACGAUUGGAGAGAAUGUUCGUACAAGUUGAUGUUGGGAUGUCCUGGAGGCUAGGCAGGCUUGGGGAGCACCGGAUAGAAGCCAGCAUAUUAGCUAUAAUCAGUCAAUUAGGAGAUCAAACCUAUCAGAUAGCGUGAUAUAGAUUUUUUUCACGAAAGUACAUAGCACAUAAGAACAUAAAACUGUAUUUUUAUGGCCACCAUCGAAUAAAUAGUAAUACUUUUACUGAAAUGAAAUUAAC